AUGGAUCAGUAUACCAGACAAGGUCCAGGAUCCAGGGUCCCUUUCUUCAUCAUUCAUAUAUCUUUGGAAAGUCGGGAUGGUGGCGCGUCUAGGGUCUUUCGGAUUGGAUCUUUGACUUGUCAGAUAGGUAUUCUUGAUCAGGGUAUAAAAGAAUCCACGAACGAGAUGUUUUUACUAUGCGUCGAGAACCAUAGAAAACUUUACACAUUUGAUCAGUUGCAGAAGACGUUGGCCAAUGUGAUGGAAUGUCCUCUCAUGGAUAGAAGAUUCUUCUCUUGGCUAUGGCCCUAUCUUCCGAUUUUUUGA